AUGGAAUCAUCGGGUCCCCAGAUCCUGGAAGCAGAGCGAAGGAUAGAAGACGAUACUGCCACCUCUCAAGAGAUACACCAUGCGCCUGUCUAUGAAUCAGUACAGAGUAGCACUGUCAGAAUAGACGAGGGUGGAUUAGUUGAGCAGAUGGAUGAUAUCCCUGAAGUCUCAGCCCCCGGGCUACAAGACGAGGGAGGCUUCAUCGGUGCAAAGACAUGGCGCCGCAAAACUCCUCAAAAGUACGCCAGCCGCAGGAGCAAUGAAAUUGUCAUCAAGCCUGGCCUCAAAUCAUUCGCGCUCGUACGGGCCGCCGAGGAUGGCGUCAGCUGCUCGACUUUACGGCAACCGAACGGGAGUCGCCGUGGAACUAUUUCCGUAAGCACUACGAGCUGA